CAAGUAAUUUCAACUGUGUGGCAUUUUCCCUGGGCGAUUUUUGCUGGCUAUAAGUUCCUUGCGUGCGUGUGGUGUGACCCUGGAAAUUCAUUUCAUUUUUUCGAGUCUUUAUUUUGGUGUUUUGCAUUUUUUGCUUAUGAAAUUUUUCGUCCGCGUGUUUUAUUAGAAUUGCAAUUGUCUAUUGUAACAUUGCUAUAAUAAAACGAUUACGCGUAAACGUGAAAAUUUCUUGGGCGUGUGCAAUACAUAAAUAUAUAUAGUAUAUAUACGUACACAAACACACGCCUAAUACCGAAACCCCUUUCAUCGCAGUUCUGUUCUUUCUAUCUCUCUCUUUCUCUCUGUGUAGUGUUGUAUAUAGUGCCUUUGGAAAGUUUCGAUUUCACAAGAAGCAUAUGACGUGCAUUGCAAGGAGUCAUUUAUACGGAAAAGGAGCGAAAUUUGCCCGACGAAUCACAGGCAAAUGAAGAUAAUGACAGACGAUGAAGCCACCCUGGACUCAAUGGACACGGAGGAAGAUAUUUUCAACCCUCGCGGGCGCAGCAGCAUUGGCCCAAAUGCCCGAAGAACAAAAAGCCUUCGCACACUGCGAUCGCACGCCUCAACAAGUCCACAUAUUGCCGCAAGACAUAAUCUCAGCGUUCGGCGUAGUACACGCAACAGAAUGCAGACAUACGAUAAUCUCAACACUAGUUGGAUUCUAGGAACACAAACAUUGAAGGGAUAUCCAAUGUUCCCUCAAAAUGGAUCGUCGUCGGAGAAAGAAAUGGUGGACGAUGUCCAAGAACGAAAACGUGAUCUCAGAGAUCGAAUGCCACUUAGAUCGAGGGAGAAUCAUCAGUUGUCAAAAGUUACGACACGUCAUAUUCGUGAUCGAGCCGAACACGAUAGUAGACCAAUUCGUGAAUUACGUGAGAGACCAGAGCGUGAACAUGUCGUUGAGAGAGGAACUAAUCACGAUCAUAAGACAAGAUCUGAAAGGGAGAAAAAUAUUCGUGACAUAAAGGAACGUAACGAGAGGGAGAUUAAAGUGAAAUCAGAAGCACACGAUAAAUCCGAUGUGAGAACACCGAAUGAGGAAAAAGAUACGAGAACACGCAAAUCCGACAGUCCUGGAAGAUUGAGAGAAGGGCCUAUUACGAGACAUUCCGGAAAUUCGCUUAAGGAUAAAGCCAAAGCUGAGGAAAAUGAAGCCGAUGAGGAGAGUUCGCAUGAAAGUGAAAAAGCGGAGAAUAAUUCUGAUAAUGGACCGGGUUACACGGAUAUGUAUACGCGGGUCAAAAGAACGAGGCGAACAUCACAACGACAAUUAUCGAGGAGUAAGAAAUUGGCAGUCGAGGACAGUGACAUGAGUGAAUCAACGGACACGCCAGGUCCGCGAAAAUACAGUUUACGUCAGAAAAAGCCAACUGUCGAUAGAUUCCAGGCGAAUGUUGAACCAGUUCGAAGAUCGAUUCGAGCCCUAAGAAGCGUUCUCAGCAAUUCGAUAAGACGACGCAAACAUCGAAGCAAGAGCUCAAGUUCGAGUGACUCGAGCGAUUCUGAACCCCAAAGAUAUGACAAGAAGAAGAGCAAAAAAGCGAGACAAUCGACAAUACCACAAGGUGGUCCACCAGAUCGUAAAGCUGACAUUAGUCCCAUUACAUUGGACACAAAUAUAAGUUUUUCCGAUGUCGGUGGAUUGGAAUCGCACAUUCAUUGUCUCAAGGAAAUGGUUGUAUUUCCAAUGAUGUAUCCCGAUGUUUUUGAACGAUUUCACAUAACGCCACCGAAGGGUGUAUUGUUUCAUGGACCGCCUGGAACUGGAAAAACAUUGAUAGCGCGCGCUUUAGCAAAUGAAUGUAGUCAAGCGAAUAGAAAGGUUGCAUUUUUUAUGCGUAAAGGCGCUGAUUGUCUUUCAAAAUGGGUUGGCGAAUCUGAGCGUCAAUUACGUUUACUAUUCGAGCAAGCACAACAAAUGAAACCAUCAAUUAUAUUCUUCGAUGAAAUCGAUGGCCUUGCACCUGUUCGAAGUACAAAACAAGAUCAAAUUCAUGCAAGUAUUGUGUCAACAUUGCUGGCACUUAUGGACGGUCUCAGCGAUCGGGGAGAGGUAAUAGUUAUAGGAGCAACUAAUAGGAUAGAUGCAAUUGAUCCCGCAUUGAGACGUCCGGGACGUUUUGAUCGGGAGCUUUUCUUCCCGCAUCCAGCAAUGAAGGAGAGGCUCGAAAUAUUGAGGAUACACGUGAAAAAAUGGCAAAAUCAACCGGCCGAUCAUCUUUUAGAGGCGCUGGCAGAAAAAUCGACUGGUUAUUGUGGCUCGGAUUUACGUGCUCUCUGCACCGAGGCAGUUAUACAGGGUUUAAAGAGGACUUAUCCUCAAAUUUACUUAUCGAGCAAUCGUCUUCUUCUUGAUCCAGAACGCGUUGAGGUGAAAAAGAAAGACUUCAUAAAGGCGAGUUCACUUCUUGUUCCGUCGUCUCACAGAGUGACGCCAUGUGCCGGUAGGAAACUCCAAGCGUUCAUGGAACCACUCCUAGGACCCUCGCUCUCUCAUCUUGUUGACGCAGUCAAGGGAAUUUUUCCACAGGGCAUUAAUCCAGCUUUGGCAAAAGUGAAAGUGGCAAAGGGCGUUCAUAGGCCACGAUUAUUAAUAUCAGGUGGACCAAUGGCACAAUGUCAAGGUCCAAGACUUGCUCAGGCCUUGAUCUAUCGUAUGGAACAUGUGCCAGUGCAAACAUUGGAUGUAAGCGCACUUUUCGCUGAGAGUGCACGAUCACCAGAGGAAACGUGUGUUCAGGUGUUUAAUGAGGCCUCACGAAAUGUACCGUCCAUUAUUUACAUAAGAUCAAUUGAUCAAUGGUGGCCUCUCGUUCCCGAAACAGUGAAAGCCGUUUUUCUCUGUCGAAUUGCGUCCUUGGAUCCGCCAUUGCCAAUUCUCAUUCUUGCCACCAGUGAUACAUCAUACAGUGAACUACCCGAUCAGUUAAAGAAUUUAUUUAGUGAACUACGCGGUGAAGUUCAUUCAAUGAGUUCGCCAACUGAUGAUCAACGAUUUGUCUUUUUUAAACAUAUUUUUCUUGUGCAAAGCUUAAAACCACCACACGUGAAACUCGAUAAACCACGUGUUCUUGAAGAAUUGCCAAUUGCACCCGAGCCAAUGCCAAAGAAACUCUCCGAAGAGGAGAAACAAUUACUUCACGAUAAAGAGGAAAUUUCAUUGCGAGAAUUAAGAAUAUUUUUGCGGGAAAUUUGUGCCAAACUUGCAAGAAAUAGACAAUUUUUUAUGUUUACAAAGCCGGUCGACACGGAUGAGGUGCCUGAUUAUAAUACAAUCAUUGAGCAGCCAAUGGAUUUGGAAACGAUGAUGACAAAAAUUGAUAUGCACUCGUAUCUUUGUGCUCGUGAUUUUCUCGAUGAUGUUGAUUUGAUCUGUCGAAAUGCACUAGAAUACAAUCCUGACAGAGAUCCAGCUGAUAAACUUAUUAGACAUCGAGCCUGUUCACUUCGUGAUAAUGCAUACGCUCUAAUAAAAGCCGAAUUGGAUUCAGAUUUUGAGGACAAAUGUCGUGAGAUAUCGAAAAAUAGGAGAAUUGUGAAAAAAGUCGUGAACGUAAUAAAGGAUGGUAAAAAUUCAAAAGUCGAUGUCACAACAACACCCGUUAAUGAGAAAAGUGAGAAAAAAGAUGCUACAUCAACGAGUGGUUCAUUAAUUGUGAAUGGAAGAAAAUUUUCAAGCUCAAGAAAACGACGAAUACCAGCUUGGGCACGUGGUUACGUGAAAAAGCCACAUAAGAAGAAAAAAAUUUCAUUCGAGGACAGUACGUGCGAUCAGAAUCAAACACCUAAAACAGUUAAUGGUGACACUACUGGCAUCGAUCUUGAGAAAUUCCAAGAAUUUGAAUCGGAAGCACAAAAUGUACUUAAUGGUCACGUGAAUAUUUACGAGAAUUCCGAGUCCGAGGCGGAAUCACAAGCUGAAAACUCCAAGGACACACCUAAUAGUAAUAAGAGCAUUAACGAAAUGAAUAAUACAAAUAAAACGGAAAAUAUGGAAAUUAUGGUUGAUGAGGAGAAAACAAAUGAUAAAUUAGAGGAAAAUGCAAGUUCAAAUUCAUCAUCGAGACGUGAGAGUAUUGAUGAUUUGUCAUUUGCAAUUGAGAGCGAUUCUAGUCUCACUAAUGUGGAAACAAAUGAGAAAAUUUUAGUGGACAAAACUGAACUUGAAAAUGCUCUACAGCACACGGUUCGAGUAACUAAAGAUUUUCCGAUUGAAGUCUUGUGCGAUAUUUAUGUGCAACUGAGCAGAUGCGUCGGAAGGUAUGCACGUGUCUACGACAGAAAAUCACUGCCAAAGGAUUUGCUCAAGGAACUACUGCGAUUCGAAAAUUAUAAAGAGGACAACAAAGAAGUGACGAGGAACAGUGAGAGUAUGGAUAAUGCUCUGUAAAUUUUGUUGCCUUUGGAAACCAAGAACGUGUAUGGUAACCAAUUCGUUUACAAAGACACUUAGGCCAUUAAUUAUUAUUGAACGUCAAAGAAGAAAAAAAAAAAAAAAAAAAAAACGAAAAACAUUCGUAUCUCGCAACGACUGCCAAUUUUUACAUGAAAAAAAGGAAAAAUUAACUGAUAUCAAUGUCGAAUUAACUGGUUAAUGUUUUACAAUUCAGUCAAUGUAAAUUAUUCCAUGUAAACUACGUGAAUUGGUUUUUGAUCGAGAAAAAAAACAACGUGUACAGUAUUUUAUUCGAAACAGGGAAAAAAAAGAGUCACGAAAUUCACGUGAAACUUUACUAACUAAAUUGAAGAACAAAACAAAAACCUCCCAUAAGUUACCUUAAAAAAAAGAAACAAGGCGAAAACGUUUUUGGUACUGAAUUUUUCAUAGCAUGCGAAUUUAGAGAGCAGUUAAAUUAAAACUGCUAUUAAUAAAAAAAAAAAAAAAAAAAAUGGUUGAAGACAGAAAAAUUUUUCUGCAUACGUUUAGCAGAACUCGAUAGAAAAAAAAUCGCUAGAAUUAUUUUUGAAUUCGAUACGUCUUAUUUAUAAUUUUAAAACAAACUACGCUUUUUAUAAACGCGUACACUUUUCGUACAUUCCAUUAGAUCAAUUAAAGGCUAAAACAUCUCUUCCUUUAAUAAUAAUAAUAAUCAUUUUAGAAAAGAAAGUAUUUUUAAUUAAACUAAAUAAUUAUUAAUCACGAUAAUUACUUAAUUAUUUAUUGAUUUAAUUAAAUAGCUAAUUACUGAGCAAAGUACUUGAUUAGUUAAUUACUUGACUAAUUAAAUGAUUUACUAAUAAGUAAAUCAAUUAAAAUUAAUUCGAAUAAUUAAUUUAUCAAUUACUAAAUUAGUUUACUAAUUGCUUGAUUUGUUGAGUAAUUACCUUAUCAGUUUAGUAAUUAUUUAAUAACUUUAGUAAUUACUUAAUUAGUUUACUAAUGAUUUGGUUUACUAAUUAAUCAGUUUACAUAAUUCGUUUACUUAUUGCUUAAUUUGUUUACUAAUUAUUUAAUUAGUUUACAAAUUUCUUAAUUAGUUUAUUAUUUUAUUAGUCUCCUAAUAUAAAUUAUUCAAUGUUAUGAAUAAUUAACUGAUAACAAGUAGUUAAAUAGUAACCUUAUUAUUUUACUAAUUAACUAAUUGAGAAUAAUUAAGUAUUUAAUUAAAUGAAUUAAUUUACUGGAAAAUUAAUUAUUUAUGUGAAUAAUUGACUAGUUAAUUUAGUAAAAUAGUUUAUUAUUCAAUUAAUUAAUUAGUAAAAUAAUUAAUUACUAAAUUGAUUAACUUUUUAAUUAAUUUAUUAGUGAAAUAAUUAUCUAAUAAAUUAAUUAAAUUUGUAAUUAGUUAGUUAUUUUAGUGAAAAAUAAUGAAUUCAUUAUAUUAAUUAGUGAAUUAGUUUAAAGAAACGUUUAAUUAAUCGCAUGACUAAUUAAGUAAUUGUUUAAUAAUAAUUAUUUACAACAUUAAAUUAGCUAAAUUUUUAGUUUAUUGAUUUAGUUGUGUAAUUAAUAAAGUAAUUUUUUUUAAAAACUCUUUAGAUAGCAUAAUAUAUAAUAUAAAAAAAACUUAAUGUGAGAAAAUUGACUUGAAAACGCGAUAAAAAUUAUUGACUAUUUUAACAAAGUUUUAAAAAAAAUUUUUUCAAAUUAAAUAUUCAUUAGUUUUUCUUCUAAUUUUUUUUUUUAAAGAACUUUAAAUACAAAUCUUAAGCUUAUAAAUUAUGAGAAAAAAUCAUUUUUGUUCUUACGCAUGUGAAGUUAAUUUAUUAUUGUUGUUAAUAUUAUUAUUAUUAUUAUUUUUAUUAUUAUCAUUAUUAUUACUAUUAAUAUUAUAAUUAUUAUUCUUAUAAUUAUAAUUAUUAAUAUCAUUACGAAUAUUAUGAUUAUUACUAAUAUUUAUCAUUUAAUAAUUGAAUUUCUCAUGUUUUUAAAAAAAUAUAUAUCUACGAUGAACUUAGCUGCAGGGCAGCUUUUUUUUGUAAAUCUUAUUAAAAUCGUAAAAAAAAAUUGUUUUCAUUCGUGAGGGAGAAAAAAAACAGAGCAAGUAAUUUGCCUCGGGGUUUUUUUUUUCUACUGUGAGAAUUUUACAUUAAAAUUCUUUAAUGAUUUUUUUUUUCAUUGAUGGAAAUAAUUUUUUUUGUAAAUUUAAAUAUAAGAAUAAUUCGAGAUGAUGAUUCGAAUUCACGAUAUACCUCGAUGAAAAAAAAAUAAUAAUAAUAACAAAUAGGUUAGAAUAUAUAUUACAUAUAUUUUUUAGUUACCAAAAUGCGAUUUGAAAAUUUGUUAGUUUUUUCCCUGAUUAAACGUAAUUUUUUUUUUAUUGUUAAAUUAACUAUGAUCUCUUUUCCAUUUUCACUAAAUUAAAAAUAUGAGAACUAAUAAAUAAAUUUAAAUACUUUGAAAAAUUCAAAAAAGAAAUCUCGUAAAUUUUCUAUCCGUUUCUUUGUUUAUAUUUAUAUAUCGCGUAUUAAUAAUUUUUGCUCAGGUAUGAAUUAAUUACUAAUACAUAAAUUAUACUAAAAUACUUACAAUAAAACAACAUAUUUAAUUUUAAUAUGAAUAGAUAAUUGAUAAUUAGAAAUUUCUUUGAAUUGUUCGAAACCUUCAAAAUCGUUAAUAAAAUUUGCAAUUGUCAUUAUGCAUUUCUUGGAUAAAUUUUCUGCAAUUCCCAUGACAUUUUUUCUUAAAUUAUUAAUUUCAUUAUAAUCGAUAGUGUCUAAAUCGUCAACAAUUUGACAGUAGUUUCAUAAAAUAAUUAAAUGAAUUGUAACUCUUUGUGUGAAUGAAUGAAUUGUU